UGUGUACGUGUGCCGGGAUCCCCGAACGGUGCGUGCGCAAAUCGAUCGUCGUACGAAUACGUGUGUUUGUGUGCGAGUGUGUGUGUUUGCGCGUGGAUGGGUGCGCGGGGAAGGGAUUUGGGAGCGCGCAAACGCCGCCCGGCGGCACAGCGACAGCGUCAUCACCGGCAGCACCGGCAGUCGGCGGAUCGGCGCGUUCCGUGUGUCUGGCCUAGUACACAUUGUUGGCUGUAAUAUUGUCGUCAUCGUCGUACGGUACGUACGGUACGUAGGUAUAUAUUUUAUUCGUACGGGCCCACACCGCGUAUACCGCGGUACAGGCGCGCACGCACGAACCUCACUGAGCGGUACACGUCAUAUCGUAUUAUCGUACGACCGUACAGUACAGCCGAUCCUGCCCGUGCCCCGCUGACUCCAACAUUGCCGUUUCCAUAAUAUUAUAAUCAUAGCAUAGUCAUUAUCGUUAAUAUUAUAAUAUCGUUACGAGUACGGCCGGAGACCACGCGGCCGGGGCGUCGCCGAGGGAAAACGCCGUGCGCCAGACGCCGCCGUCAUGACGCCCGUCAUCAAUUCGACGACGUUGGCAACCGUGCCGCUAGCGUGACAUGGACAAGCGUGCGGAACACGUGAGGAAAUUGCCUCCGUUGGCCUCGUCCGAAGAUCUCAGUGAAGAUUUAUUAGACAGCCCGGAAGCUGACGCCAGAAACAAAUGUUUGGAAGACAUCGAGGAAGUGCCGAACACGCCGGCCAAGGCGUCAAGACAACAGACGAUAUGUUUGGCGAUGCCAAACACCCCCAGGAUAGACAUCUCUCGAGCCAGCAGCUCUUCGCAUCACGACGACAGUAGUCCCGAGAGAGACUUGUUUGUCGACGCUGACGGAAAAUCCGUUGAAUCUGUUAAAUCUGGUCUAGGAUAUACGGAAGAGAUUAUACCUGACCUCCAUAGCAGUACUGAAGAAUUAAACUUUCACGACUUAACUGAAUCGGAAAUCAGAAGGCGGCGGUCAAAACUGCAGCCUCAAUACGCGGUUUCUGACGCUACUAUGGAUACGGAUUUUGCUGCUGAUCGAAGAGAUACAGCUAGCGAAUCCGGUUUUCUGUGCAUUAGUGGUCGUAGUAGCCGAGUUUCUUCAGUAGGAUCAGUACACUCCACUGCCUCCAUAGCUUCUGCAGCAUCACGUUUGUCUGCUGCGUCGAAUUAUUCCAGAGCUUCCAGAGGUUCAUCACCACAUAGAGUUCUUUUGGAAACAUCGUUUUGUGGUCCAAAAUCACCAGAACACUUUGCCAAUCGCCAACUGAUCCCUAUCAACGACGACGACGACGAUCUAAGUGAACCAACCGUCAGACCAAAAUUAGCAGACAUUGAAACUCAAACAGAACAAAGACCAAAAAAAGUGCACGUAGAAUCUGUCAAAAAAGAAAUAAAAAACGAUCAAGUUAAAGCAAAAGUAAAGAAAACUAAAUCAAAAGAAAUAAAAGAGGUUAAAGAAAUACAAGUGGAUAAAGAAAUAAAAGUUACAAAAAAUCUGGCCAUGGAAAACGAAUCAAAAGAAAGAAAAACAAAAGAAAAGCCUACUUCAAAAGUAAAAGUCGUACUAGAUAACCCCAAAACACAAAAAUUUGUACCAUUAGACAGUCUCGAUGACGACGACAUAGAAAUAAUUCAGGGUAAUGCACCGAAACAAGUCCCAACAGCCAUACCAAGGGAGAAGUCAUCUCGUCCAAAAAUAACUACAGGAGAAAAUCAAAUUUACAUUCCAUUAAACCCUGAUCCGACCGAACAAGAAUCUGCAAAUCCUACUAGUCCAAAACGAUUAAAGCCAUUUACAAAUCGGACAUUAGUGGAUUUCAUCAAUAGAGAUCCGGCAACUAUUGAAUCUUCUAAAAGAAUAAGGAGACCAAUCAGAUCAGGCUCGCCAGGAAUCAGAGAAGAGUUUAAAAAGUUCAUAUCAAGCACAGAUGAAGAGGCUGACGGAGCUCCGAUACAACCUGUAAAGUUAAGAAAACAAAUGAGCGUUGAAAUGACUAAAAGAAAGUCUAUAGAUCAAGAUUGCUCUUCCAGAUCCAUGUCACCGUCAAUAUUUGAAGAGUUUCAAAAGUUUAUUUCUGAACCUGAAGAUGGAGAUAUAAAUGUUACAAAACUUGAAACAAAAAAUCGUUGUUCGGCCAUUUCCAUUACGAGCCGUGAAGUACAAUCUGUAGUUGGGGCGGGCCUAACAGAUAGUCCAAAUCUUGGAAGAUCGUUAUCUCCGUCAAUACACGAAGAAUUUCAUAAAUUUAUGGCACAACCAGACGACGAAGAAAAAGGUAUCAUACAUAAGACAUUACCUCACACAGCAUACAAAAACCCUAUUGAAGGUAGUCCUUCAUUGUCGACUUCAAGUAACAUUCGUUCGAUCUCACCAAGUAUUUACGAAGAAUUCCAAAAAUUCAUUGUAGAACCAGAAGGUAAUGAAGAUUUACUACCAGCACCACCACCGAGAAAACACGAUAAUGAUUUACACCCAGAUGAAGCUUCCUGUAGUAGAUCUAUAAGUCCAGGAAUUCUAGAUGAAUUCCAAAAGUUUAUAAGUGAACCAGACGAUGAUUCGUCAGGUAGAAAAAUAUGUGAUCCAGCGCCACCUGCAAAAAGUCAACAAAUGAUUAAAGUUCAAGUACAUUGUACACCUGGAAGUCCACCACCGGAACAAAUAGUCAUAAAAAAUUCAGGAAGACCUAAAUCUGACGAUCUAGUGAAAAUCAUACCACUUAAAAGCGAAGACGACGAUUCAGGUCAGCUACAAUCUGUCUCUUCAUCGCAAGCUCAGAUCCUCAGGAGGCGUUCCGAGUCUUCCAAAGAAGCCAGACCGAAAACCGGUACAAUGGAUAAAUCUAAGGAUCGUAGAGGAUCAAGUCGUUCGCUGUUGGGAUCACUUCUACACCGAGCUAGCAGUUUUAGAAGUAUUAACAAGAAAUCUCCAAAACGAUCUAGUGCGUCAGAGUUUGUUGAUAUUGAUCCGAAAUUCACUAACGUAGAGUUUAAAUUUAAUCAAGAUAUAGAAAAGGAUACGGUUAUAAUUCCAUUGCACUCCCCUAAUGAUAGUUUCGACGAACUCGUUGUUAGCGAUUCAGAUUCAAAUAUCACAAGGGCAGUUGUUCACGUUUCAUAUGAACCUAAGCAAGUAGAAAUAGAAACCGUAUCGAAUAAAAAAAUAUUCGACGAUUUGGUAAAACACCAAAACAAAGUGCUAGUAGAAUCAAUGGACAAAGUUAAUGUUGCUGAUGAUACUGUUAAAAAUAUUCAAAUCAUCAAAGAUGACAUUUGGAACAGUAACGAAAAUGGUGAUUGCAAAAUUACAAAUAAUUUAGUGAAACUCGAAGAGUCGUCAUUAUCACCCGGAUUCAGUAGAUCACAAGAUCCGGUGCACUCGGCCAACAGCAACGAUACGUCACCAGACUCGGAAGUGAUGUCCUCGCUUUCGAUUGCUGCCACAGAAGAAGAGAAGAAGAAAUUAUUCAGCCACCCAAAUUCGGUGGAAGAAGAAUUGCCACAUGUUCCGACAACACUUCCGCUAGAAAGGUCGGUGGCCGUGCCAAUUAUACCGGUCAAGCAUCGGAUCGCCGAGACGAAGACUUGUUCGUUGGAUAGGCCGACUCCGCGGUGCAGCACACCUAGCGCCACCGACUUGCCUUCGGGACUAGGAACUUACGCCAUCGCAGCCGCGUUCGAAGACUCGCCGGUUGUUGCCAACAAAAUACAGAUCAUACUACCGAAAUUCAGUAAACCCGCAACCACCGUCCAGACUGCACCGACUACCGAUCCCCCGAGGCGACGCCGAGCCCGCAGCGUCAACGUGCCGAUGAGCUGCUCGCGAGGCCGCUGGGUGGACUUCGACGACGACGACGACGACGACAACCUCAAGCGCGGCGGCGAGGCGUCGUUCAAGCCCAGGUCGCCCAAGAAGAUCACCGUUCUACCCAUGUCCAUGAGACCCCGUCGGCGAUCGUCGUCCACCAACGUGGACCACAGCCGAUGUGGGUGCGACUGUCACCUCCACGGAGGACACGAAACAUGGCCCGCGGUCACCAGGAACAGGAGCGACACGACUUGAACGAAACCCAACGAACGCCGAAAACAAACGAACCGUCGUCCGUCGUACUAUGAGCAACGACAACGACUGACCCUGUCGUCGUUUUCCGUCUCAAUAAUAUUCGGUCAGGUGGUAAUGAUAAUUGAUAAUAUUUAUAAUUUACUGUUACGAAAUACUGUUUAUUUACUGUUAUUAUAUUCAUUGCGAUUUCACUCGAUUCGAAACGAUAUUUUAUAAUAGGUAUAUGUUAUUUAAGCAUAUAAUAUUAUAUUAUGUUAUAUUAUAUAUAUUAUGUACCCGUCUAAUUAUUAUACUUAUGUUAUACUAUGUAUGAAAACAUUUUUUAAAAAUAUUAUAUAUAUAUACAUAUACUAGCUGCGCCGUGCGGCGUGCAAGUUCUACAGAAUAUUCUAGUCGAAGAAGACGUGCAAACUGCAGCGUAGGUGUUCGGCCAUAGGCGACAAAAAUCGUGUUCUGAAUACAAAGUUCUGUAUAAAAAAAAUAUAUAAUAAUAAAUUGAAUAAUAACAGUUAAAUUUUACGCACUGCCAUUCUUUGAACAAAAAAAAACAUAAAAAUAAAUGAGCUGAUGACGGUCGUCGUACACCUACGUACGAUGAUUCUGUAACAAUUUCCACUAUAUACGUUUGAUAAAUCGUCCUUUGGCCACUUUUUCACUUUCCAUUUUUAAAAUAAUAAUAUACAUAUUAUAACGUAACGAUACUCUUACGGUAAAGGUUUACAAUUAAUAUUCUAUUUAUUCGUUUUAAUAGAUGUUUUAUUGUUAUUAUAAUACUAUUAAUUAUUAUUAUACGUGCGACAGUGUAUUCUGCGUGGAUAGAUGUGUUAAAAGUUCCUUUGAGGCCAACCCUGGCGAUAAUCAUAAUAUUAUACUUUAUAUUCUACAAAUCGAUAUAAUACGAACCACGCGUAACAUUGAAAAUGAUUAUAUCGUACAAUAUUAUUGAGCAAUGUUUAUGCGUCUAAACUCAAUAUUUCCAACAUUUUAUGAACCUAUAAUAUUAUUAUAAUAAGACAAUAUUAUUAUUAUUUAAUAAGUAAAUGUUAUAUUAUAACAAUAUUAUAAUAAAUCGUACGUUAUUUACCACCGUUUUUAUUCUGGUUAAUUGCGUGUGAAAAGCUGACCAAAGAUUCCAUGGAUGUAUUAUAGUAGGUACUUGAUGCGGGGCCAAUUUUGGUCAAGGAACUUUUUCACGCAAAUACUUUUUUUUUUUUUUUUAGAAUCUUUUGACAUGUUUAGCAAAUAUUACACACCUAAGUGUUAAAUAUUAUAUUUAUUAUAAUUUAUUGUUAAGUUUAAAAUUCUAGAUGUUUUAGACCAAAUGAAUAGAAUGAAAAACGUUGAAUAGAUUAUGUAGGAAAUAAUUGUUGUCCCUCAGACAAUGCAAAUAUUAUGUUUAUCAAGUUUUUAGACCAUAACUUUUCCACUUGGAUGAUUUUGUUCACUUAAUAAUUUAGAUUUGUUAAGAUUGAACUAUAAAAUGAGCAAUUUUUUAUUGAUGCAGAGUAAUUACAAUACUAUACGUAUUGAUUAAUAAUGCAAUUUAGCGAAAUAAAAUGCUAAAAUAACUAAUUUGGCUCAUUCUUAAAUUGUAUUUUAUAUUGUUUUAUUUUUUUUUUUUCAAAACAGAUGAUUAUUGCAUGAAAUUAAGUCUAUUUAACGUACGUGAUUAAUGUACGACUGAUUUGUUUCUAAUUUUUAACCCUAUUGUACAUGAAAAAACAUGUUAUUUUAUACUGUUGUUAUUUGUGUAUUAUGUAUGAAAGAGAUUACUAUUAAAGCGAAAACAAUUUAUAUUAGUC